GCUCCAGAUCCAAGGAUCGCCCGCGAUAGCAGCCGCUGCUCUCCGUAUCUCUGGGAAUCUCUAUACCUGUCUAUGCCAUAAUGCGCGCGGUUCAGGGACCUGUUAGAUUGUGCUAGGUCAUGUUCUUCAUUGCGGUCAGUUGCCUCUCACACUUAUUACAGUACUCCCGUACAGUUUCUACUCGUUCUGCACCAUCUUCGAGCAUGAUUGUCUACACAAGCUAUCCCAACUUGCUGUCUCAAGGAGUACAGCUAAUGCACAAUUGUAGCCGUCCCACAGAGCCUUGGUUGAUCAGAGUCAAUCAUCAUGGCUUGACCCUGAACAAUGUAGGUGGAGAACAACGCACCUUGUCCGCGAGACGACGCGGUGUGUACCUGUAUCAGGCCUGUCUGUCGACAGCGCCGCUUCGUCAACACCUCUCAGCCAGCCAAUAACACGACGGAGACGGGAUGUAUGGGUUAAAAACGACAUCAACAGACAAAUUUUCAUUGAAUGUAGCUCUCACUACUAUCUAGAAGUCCAUCAUUGCAUUCGGCAGAGCGAACCUAGAGCUGCUAGCGAAGGCGGAGCCGUCCAUCUGCGCCAAUCGACAAAUGGCCCCUUCCCGGUGAGCAGGAUGUGGAAAGAGGUGAUAAGGUGUCGGCGCAGGAAGAAAGCGUUGGUGGCGCGCGUGCAGCUGGUUGACACUGUCGGAGUCAAGAGCACUGGACUCCGCCGUUCGGCAGAUGCCCGCCG